AAUACUUCAUAAACAUACAUAGACUAAAUUUAAAAAAUUACCGUACGAAAAUGUCAUUAGAAUCUCAAUCUAGAAUUUUCACAAAAUCAAAUCUGGUUUAUAUACCUUUGUCUAUAACAACCGCCCAUACAUUAAAUUUCAUCAUUAAUUCACCUUUAUCAACAUGGCAACAAUUUCCACCAAAAUUACCUGAUUCAAUUUAUUUAUCAAUAUGGUUUAUUCCAUUGUUAUUAUUCAUAUCACUUACAUUUGAACCAAUUAGAACAAGAAAACGUUUUUACACUUUAUUAUCUCUAGCGCUUAUAUAUUUAUCAAUCCCAAUUAGUUUUCGUAAGGGAAAUUAUCCGAUUAAACUUCAAAAUGAUUUGGUUGGUCGUAGUGCAGUUUUCGGGAUGAAAAUGUUAUUAUUCUUAAAAUUAAAUAGAUCAUACAAUAAUCCUAAAAAUCAAAAAGAAUUCAAAUCAUAUCUUUGGUCAUUAUUUAAUUGGCGUUUUGAUUCUUAUAUAAUUUCUCCAAAAUCGGAUGAUCCUUUGAUUAUUAAAUCUCCUACAACUUCACAAAUUAACGGAAAGUUGAUCAGCCGCUUCAUAAUUGCUUUUGUAAAAUGGUUAAUUUAUGAACUUAUAAGUUUCUUUUCACAUAAGUAUGUAGUAGAAAUACCAGAAAAGGCUUAUCAAGUUCGCUUAAUUGAAUUUAUUACAAAAGGAAUCCCUGCCAUUACAAUGUCUUCAAUUUCACAUUACUUGAAUAUCACUUUAUCUAUAUACUUGUUGCUUUCAUUACUUUAUGAUGUUUUCACUAUUACUAACACAAUUUUCUUUCGUCUUUUCUUUCAUUCCACAUCGGAAAAUAACAAUCACAAAUCUAUUUUAAUUAAAUCCGGUUUUCUUACUCCUUCAGAAUACGUUUCUUUAAAAGAAUGGAUGAUUACAUUCGUAUUCAAUACAAAACAUUUAUUUAACGAGCCAUGGAUAGCAUCAAGUCCUCGUGAUUUUUGGUCCACUCGUUGGCAAUUAAUGUUUAGCGAAAUUUUUAAAGAAUUAGGUUACUUACCUGUUAGAAAUUUUCUCUCUUCAUUCGUUCCAAGGAAAUUUGCAAAUAUGAUGGGUGUACUUGGUGCUUUAUGUUUUAGUAGUUUAUUUCAUGAAUACCUUAUUAUUGGACAAUUUAAUAUUUGGACGGGUGAACAUUUCUUUUUCUUUAUGAUUCAUGGAGUUAUAAUGAUUUUAUGGGAAGCUGUGUUUGGUUAUGAGAAAAAAAAUGAGAUUACAAAGUGUAAAAGAUUUUUAAAAUGGGUUUUGUUAUUAAUUAUUAAUUUAAUAUUUAUACCAGCAUUUAUUGAACCUAUGAUAAGAAAACGUGAGAAUUUUCUUCUUCGAUCAUAUUUUUCUAGUCAAUGA